AUGACGUUGCACCUGCACAACAACCGCAUCCAGCGCCUGGGGGCGAAUGGCUUUGAUGGGCUGCACAACCUGGAGACGCUGGAUCUCAAUUACAACGAGCUGCUGGAAUUCCCAGGGGCCAUUCGGACGCUGGGCCGACUGCAGGAGCUCCAUUUUUAUGACAACCCCAUCCAGUUUGUUGGACAGUCUGCCUUCCAGUACUUGCCAAAGCUACACACUCUGUCUCUCAACGGUGCAACGGACAUCAGAGAAUUCCCAGACCUAAAAGGCACCACCAGCCUAGAAGUUUUGACGCUGACCAGGGCAGGCAUCCGCCUCCUCCCCAGAGCCGUGUGCCAGCAGCUGCCCAACCUGCGCAUCCUAGAGCUGUCACACAACAAAAUCGAAGAGCUGCCCAGCUUCCACCGGUGCCAGCGGCUGGAGGAGCUUGGUCUCCAGCACAACAGAAUCCACGAAAUCGGAGCGGACACCUUUGUGCAGCUGACAGCCCUGCGCUCCAUAGACCUGAGCUGGAAUGACAUCCAUUUCAUUCACCCCGACGCCUUCGUGACGCUGCGCUCGCUCACCAAGCUGGAUCUGUCAGACAACCGGCUGGCGGUGCUGCCGCUGGGUGGAUUGGGCAGCCUGACCCACCUGAAGCUGCAGGGCAACCCAGCACUCUCUGAGCCCUUUUCCAAGGACAGCUUUCCCAAAUUAAGAGUCCUCGAGGUACCUUACGCCUACCAGUGCUGCGCCUAUGGAAGCUGCAGUGGGUUCUUCAGAGCAUCCAACCAGUGGGAGGCAGAAGGCGCGAGCCCUGAGGAUGAAGAUCCCCACAGGAGGGCCCUGGAGCUCUUCCCAGGUCACACAGACAACCACUACGACCUUGAAGCAGAUGAGCUCCAGCUGGACCUUGAGGACUCAAAGCUGCACCCCUCUAUCCAGUGCACGCCCAGCCCUGGCCCCUUCAAGCCUUGUGACCACUUGUUUGAGAGCUGGAUCAUUCGCCUGGGCGUCUGGGUCAUUGUUCUGGUCUCGGUGCUCUGCAACGGGCUGGUGGUCCUGGCUGUCUUUGCCUCUCCCAGCUAUCUCUCUCCAGUUAAGUUUGUCAUCGGCUCCAUAGCCGGGGCCAACACGCUGAGCGGUGUUUCCUGCAGCAUGCUGGCUCUCGUCGAUGCCCUGACCUACGGCCACUUUGCACAGUUCGGCGCCAGGUGGGAGAGUGGCACGGGCUGCAGGGUGACCGGCUUCCUGGCCGUGUUCUCCUCCGAAGCCGCCAUCUUCCUGCUGACAUUGGCUGCAGUGCAGUGCAGCGUUUCGGUCUCCUGCGCGCGGGGCUGCAGGAAGGCACCCCCCCUUGGCAGGGUGAAGGCUGCGGCGCUCGGCUGCCUCUUGCUGUCCUCCGUGGCCGCAGUUCUGCCUCUCUUCUCCAUCGGGGAAUACGGAGCAUCCCCGCUGUGCCUCCCAUACCCCAUCCCGGGUGGGAAACCUGCCACCCUGGGCUUCACCGUGGCCUUGGCGAUGACGAACGUGCUCUGCUUCCUGGUGGUCACAGGCACCUACAUCCGACUGUACUGCAGCCUGCUGAAGGGCGACUGCGGCGCUGUCUGGGACUGCGCCAUGGUCAAGCACGUGGCCUGGCUGAUCUUCACCAACUGCCUCCUCUACUGCCCGGUGGCCUUCCUCACCUUCUCUUCCACGCUCAACCUCUUCCUCAUCACCCCGGAGGUCAUCAAAUCCGUCCUCCUGGUGGUCCUGCCCCUGCCCGCCUGCCUGAACCCCGUGCUCUACCUGCUCUUCAACCCCCACUGCAGGGAUGACCUCCGCCUGCUGCGGCAGAAGGGCCGGGACAGGGGCAGCUGCCCCCAGCCCUGCGGGCUCGACGACACAGAGAAAAGCUCCUACGACUCCACGCAGGCUCUGGUCAGCUUCUCUGACAUCGACCACAUAUUCGAGACGCCCGAUUCCCUGGGAGCGCACCCCAUCUUCGACAGCUACCGCUUCCCCUCCACGACGCUCGUGCCCUGCCAGCAAAGGAUGGGCGCCGGGGGGAGGGAGCGGGGCUGCUCCGAGCUCUGCCCCUGCCUCAGUGACAGCGCGGUACUGAUGGCUCCAGACAGCGGGGAGCCGACCGCCCGCAGCCCCCGGGCCGCCUCCUGCCCCCCCCCGCCCUACAUCUCUCACGUAUAG